CGGCCAUUAAUAGAGCCUUAUUUAGACAGCCCAACAAUGACUUGGCCAUUUAUUAAGCGCCUGCUGGAUGCCAGGGAGGUAUCAUUCCCGAACUUUCCGAAAGGAAAACUAAAGCUAAGGAGGCGGGGCCCUGCCAGAAUGGGGUGCAGGCGUGGCGUUUGGGACCCACGGCCUGAGAAACCCACCAAAGAAUUCCCAGUCCCUUUAAUCCACCCCCACCCCGGGGGCGCUCUGAGCAUGACGCAGAUGGCGUUUUAGGAGCAGAUUCCUGCAGUAGCUGGGCCAGGCUGUCAGGAGGACACAGAACAGACCCUAUUCCCAUCUCAGCAGGGCCCUGGGCCCAGCCCCACAGCAAGCCGGGCCUAAUUCUGUGCGUCUGACUCAGCCUCGGGUGCGCAGGGCAGCGGGGUCUGCCAGUGUCCCGAGGACUUAUGGGAAAUGUACAGUGACAGGGUUUAGCCUUGGCUCUUAACCUGAGCUCCACUUCAAAGUCACCUGGGACACUGCCAAAAAGAUGUAUGUAGAUGCCCAACCCCCUUCCAGAUAUUAUGAUUCUUUUGGUCUGGGUGAGGAUCACGCAUCUGUAUUUUUAAAAGACUCCUCCUGGAUUGGAUCCACGGUUAAGAAUCACCAUCCAACAGUUCCUGGAUUCUUCUCUUUUGAGACUGCUCCAAGAGCUGCUUGCCAGUUUUCUCCACCCAAGACUACUUUUGGGGACCCCCCGAGGUCGAAGCCACUACUGGCCAUCCCGAAGCCAGACCUGGCUACCCCAAGGUGAGGACACCCCCCAGAGAGUGCUGUGUUCCAGCCCAGUAGCAUGGGAGUGACGGCUAGAGGGAAGGAAGAUGUGAUGAGAGAUGGGGACCCUGAGGCCAUCCAGAUCCCAGAGAUCCAGGCUCCCAGAAGCUCCCAGGGCUCUGACCACAGAUCCCAACUCCCCUGAGCUGUUUGAGGAGUCCUGGCCAUUCAGCUCAGGGACACCUUCCCCACCCAGCACCACUGAGGGACAGAUGGGAGCCUCCCCACCACCCACUAUGACAGACAGCAGGGACUCUGUGGUGGCCAAGUACAUAAACCGGUUCCGACAGGCUCAGCCCACAAGCCGAGAGGAACGCCAGUCUGCAGGCCCAACCCCAGCUGACUUUUGGUGGCUGCAGCCUGAAUCUCCAGACCCAAGCAUUCAACUUGCAGCAGGAGCCAGUGAACCAGAAGGAAGACACAGCACAGCAGUCCUGACUCAUGCCAAGGCAGCCAGUGCAUCACAGGCUAAGGCUGUGGCCCCACUUCAGGAAAUAAAGCAGAGCCUCAACACAUGGAACUCAUCCCUGCUGGACUUGGAGACACUGAGCUUGCAAAGCAGAGCUGCCAGGCUGCUCAAACGCAGCAAGGCCUCCAUCUCCUCCUCCUCCUCCCUCAGCCCCAGCGAUGCCGGCAGCUCCUCAUUCCCUGUCAGCUCUGAUGGCCUCUCUCCCUUCUCCAUGACCUUCACUCCUGACUCCAGCAAGGACUCUGACCCCAAGGCACAAGUUGCUCCACGGCAUGUGGGAUCUUCCUGGAGCUGGGAUCGAACCCAUGACCUCUGCAUUGCAACCCCAGCACCUGCCCCCAUCCCUACUCCAGCCCCAGUCUCCUCCCGGGCACCCCUGCGGCCAGAGGAUGACAUUCUAUACCAGUGGCGUCAGCGACGGAAGCUUGAGCAGGCUCGAGGAAGCCAGGGUGAUGGAACCUGGGUACUGCCUCAGACCCCUGCCCUCACCACUAAGGCCUCUGUUCCCAUCUGUCUACAGACCUCUCCUGCCCCUGCGGAGACCGUUGGUUCCCUGGGAAUCCAGCCUAACUGCAUCCCACUUUGGGGCAGUGUGGCUCCACCUGGUACCCUGGAAGCCUUCCGCUUGGAGAGGCCUCCUAUUGCCCCAGGGUUCUCUCCACAUAUCUUUUGGGGCCCCAGUCCCCAUGGAUUCUUCUGGGCCCCGCAGCCUGGUCCCUGGGUAUCUCUUGGGGCCACCCCUCCCACACUUCCGGCCUCCACCCCAGCGCCCCCAGCCUCCAGUCCUGCACCUCCAGCCUCAACUCCUGUGCCCCCUGCCUCCAUUCCUGCGCCUCCAGCCUCAACCCCUGCGCCGGCUGCCUCCACUCCCACGCCCCCUGCCGUCCCCCAGGGCCCGCCCACCCCUGCACCAAACAGCCCAGCUGACCUCGAGAGGCAGAGCUGCAAGCCUCGGAGAAACAGAGCCCAAUGCCGGGAGUCUGCAGGGCGAGUCAGGGCAGCGGACGAGGGCCCUGGCCCGCCGCUCAGAGGCGUGGUAGGCCAAGUAGUGACGGCCCGGCUGUUUCCAGACAGCCUGGAGGAAACGCCCCCUCGCCUUGAGGGCCCAUCACCACCUGAGGCUGAACCUCAGAAAGUCAAGGCCACACAACCUCAAACCAAGACUCUGUCCCCUCGUUCAGAUGUCACGGCCCGUCUAUCUGAAUCACCGUGUCCACAGGCAGAGACCCCCCCAGGUCGGUCUGAGGCUGAGUCUCGGAAUGUCAAGGCCAUGCUCCCCCUAGCGGGAUCGGUGCCUAGGAAAGACAAAGACACUCCCUGGGCUGAAGUCAGGUGUAAGCAGCCCGAGGUCCGGCCCCCUCCAGCUGAGGAGGCGGCCACUUGUGUUAAGGCCCCGCCCCGUCUGUUCAAGGAGGGGUCUCUUGAGGUUGUGGCCACGCCUUCAUCCGCUGAUGGCCACGCCCCCUCAGAGGACCUGCUCUCCCAGGCUGCCAGACUUCUGCAGGCUGCGGAAGACUCCGACGGCAGCGAGUUCCAGGACGACCCUAUACUGCAGGUGCUAAGGGUUCAAAGGGCGGAGCUGCAGCGGCAGAAAAGGAAAGUGGAUGCCCUAAUAUCCCUCCAGCUGGGCCACACUGAUGACCGAGGGUCUUGGUCUCCUCCAGCCAGGUCGCCUCCUGGGUCCCCAACGAUGUGGCUGAGGAGGGAAGGAGACUCUCUUGAGGCCAGACGACUUUGAAUUGUACAGAUUCUAUUUUUCCUAAUAAAUUUUUUUUCAGGUUACUCGUCUCUGAGAAAGAAGUUGUUUUGGAAAGGCCAAGGGUCAUGCUAAUUUAGAGAAAUAGCUCCCUGUGCCCCUCUUCCGCCACACACACCCUAGCUCUGCCCUGCCCCACCUCACCCUAGUUUCUGACCACUGAUGCAAAUUCUCUUCUGGUUUUGUCCUCCUUGAGGUCAGGAGAGGGGUUCUGGGCAAGACUGGAACUCACCUUAUCUGACUCUCAAUGCAGGAGUAGAUCCUCCUGUCUCAAAUGAGACCAAAGGAACUGACUUCUCAGUAUGAAGCUUGUAGAGUCAUCAGAGUGUUGGACAAUGGUCAGGCCUCGGGCCACAUCCUGCCUGACCCAGCAGCAGCAUUUGGUGUGCUGAUCUCCACCUGCUCCUUGAAGCAUUUCCUUUCCUGGCUUCCAGAGCCCCGGCCCUCUCCUCACCUCUCUGGUUGUGCCUCCUCAUUGUGCCCCACGCCUGUCACUUUGGUGUGUCCCAGGGCCCUGGCCUUGACUUUUCUAUCUACAGUCAAUCCCAGGUGCUGUCAUCUGGCUUCAUGGCUCUAAACCCAUCUCUUUUCUGAUAGUCCCCAGAUUUCUAUCUUCAGCCUAGAACCUCAGAUUCCUGUACCUUGCUACUUGCUCAUCAUCCGCACAGAAAGGUCUAAGAGAUGUCUCAAACUCCACAGGUCUUAAUCUUCCCCCUAAACCUGCUCCUCCCUGGCUCUCAACUCCAUCCUUCUACCUGCUCAGGUCAGAAGCCUCAUAGCUGUCAUUGACUCCUCUCGUUCCCUCACACCCACAGUCAGUUGAACAGCAAGUUCUGUCGUCGCUACCUUUAAAAUCUCUC